UUUUCAAUGAUCAGUAUAUAUGACAGUCAUUCUGAGAAUGCAAUUUAUUCAUUAAUCAUUACAAUUUAAAAAGCAAACAAUAUUACGAAUAAAAUACCAUGGCAACAUUAACGAAGCAAAAUAUCUUUGCUUACUCUCAGGUGGGACGAUAUAUCACAAGGACAUUUUCUACCAAUAAGAUGUUAUUCACGGAAACGAAAUAUGUAGACAUUGAGGAAAAUAAUGGGGUAAGAACAAUAAUAUUAAAUGAACCCUCAACACGUAACUCUUUAUCGCUGGCUAUGCUGAAGUCCAUUAUAACAAAUAUCAAGAAGGAUGAAAACAAUAAAGAACUGAGGUCCAUUGUUCUCAGAUCUGCUCCAGGGAAUGUAUUUUCAGCUGGACAUAACUUGAAAGAAUUGACUGCUAACAAUGGGAAGCUACACAAGGAAAUCUUUGAAACAUGCUCUGAGAUGAUGCAAUUGAUCAGUCAGAGUCCUGUUCCUAUAAUUGCUGCUGUGGAUGGUGUAGCUGCUGCAGCUGGUUGCCAGUUGGUUGCUGCCUGUGAUAUUGUCAUUUGUACAGAAAGAAGUUCGUUCAGUACACCAGGUGCCAAUCAUGGAAUAUUUUGUUCUACACCAGGUAUUCCCUUGAUUCGAAAUGUCCCUAGAAAAACAGCAAUGUAUAUGCUCUUCACAGGUUUCAGCAUUAGUGGAAAAGAAGCAUACGAAGCGGGUCUUGCGAGCAAAGUAGUGCCAAAUGAUAAAUUUGAAGAAGAAAUUAAUAACGUCACGGCGGCCAUAAAUUCGAAAAGUCGGUCAGUUAUGCAUAUCGGGAAAACAUUUUUAUACGAACAAAUGGACCUUGAUAUUUCAACUGCAUACUUCAUGGGCACCGAAAAGAUGGUGAACAAUUUAAAAAUGAAAGAUGCUCAGGAGGGAAUUAAAAGUUUUAUCGAGAAACGGAAGCCUGUUUGGCAGCAUGACUAUGUAAAAGAUUGA